AGUUUAUUAAUUUAUAAAGAAUUUAAAGAAAAUAGUUUAUAAUAGACAAAAUGUUAAAAUUGUCGAGAUUAGAACGUAAGAGUGUUCAACAGUUCUGCUCAGGGUGCUCAGUUCGUCUAUCCAGGAAGGAUAUUGAGUCUAGUUUUCCUGCAGUGUAUAAUGCUGGACUGGAGCAGGGUUGGUAUCAAUGGUGGAGAGAGAGUGGGUUCUUCUCCCCCCAGUACGGAGGGAAGAAAGAGAGGAAGGUCGGAGAGAAGAGCAGGUUCUCUAUGGUUCUACCUCCUCCUAACGUUACAGGAGUUCUUCAUUUAGGGCAUGCUCUAACUACGUCAAUACAGGAUGCUCUGGUUAGAUAUCACAGGAUGAGAGGAUGCGAAACAACCUGGAUACCGGGAAGUGAUCAUGCCGGUAUUGCAACUCAGAUUGUAGUUGAGAAGCAAGUGAUGGCCCAGGAGGGAUUGACCCGGUACGACCUGGGCAAAGAACAGUUUCUUAACAGGGUCUGGGACUGGAGGAAGCUAAAGGGGGACUCUAUACUAGGACAGCUGGAGGAACUAGGGGCUUCACUGGACUGGGAUAAAACUCAGUUUACCAUGAGUCCUGAAUAUACUAAUAGUGUUAAUACAGCAUUCAUUCAGUUAUUUAAUAAAGGAUUAAUUUACCGGAAGAAGUCCCUGGUGAACUGGUCUUGUGUCCUUCAGUCUACUAUAUCGGAUAUUGAAGUGACGCAUGUAAAUGUUGACAAACGUUCACUCUUUGACAUCCCAGGAUACAGAGAACCAGUUGAGUUGGGUGUUAUUACUGAUAUUGCGUAUAAGUUAACAAACAGUGAAGCAGAGAUAAUUGUUUCAACAACACGACCUGAAACCAUGCUGGGAGAUACAGCUAUUGCCGUUAAUCCAACAGACGAGCGUUAUUCUCAUUUGAUCGGCAGAACAGCAUGGCAUCCUUUCCGACAAGAAGAGAUUCCAAUCAUCGCCGAUACUUACGUCGAUCCCGCCUUCGGUACCGGAGCCGUGAAAAUAACUCCGGCGCACGACCCUAACGAUUUUGAAAUGGGUGCGCGGCAUUCUCUGAAAUCAAUCAAUAUACUUAACCCUGACGGAACCUUGAACGAGAUUGUUCCCGAGUUCUGUGGGCAGCACAGGUUUUCAGUUCGUGAAUCUAUCUGCGCGCGCCUGGAUGAAUUAGGAUUGUACCGGGGAGAUCGUGAGCACGGCAUGUCUGUUCCUGUGUGCGGGAGAACUGGUGAUAUUGUAGAACCAAUGAUGAAGUUUCAGUGGUUUCUUGACACGAGUAAGAUCGCUGAGCUGGCUCGGGAUGCAGUCAAGGAUAAAGAUCUGAUAUUGGAUCCAGACACAAACAAUCCAGUCUGGGAACGAUUUUUGUCCAACGAAAAAACAAAGGAUUGGUGUAUAUCACGGCAACUGUGGUGGGGUCAUAGAAUACCAGCUUGGUUCUGUUGCAAGGAUGGAGAUGAGGAGAAAGGGGUCUGGACUGCUGCAGAAAGUAAAGAUCAAGCUUUACUCCGUGCUUCAAAUAUAUUAGGAUGUGCUGUAUCUGAACUAAUUGCCGAACAGGACGAGGAUGUUUUGGAUACCUGGUUUUCAAGUGGGAUUUAUCCAUUUGCAGUGUUUGGUUGGCCUGAGAAGACCCCUGAGCUAUCCCAGUUCUACCCCCUGGAUCUGAUGGAGACAGGUCACGAUAUUCUCUUCUUCUGGGUCGCCAGGAUGGUCAUGCUUGGUAUUGGUUUAACAGGUCAGUUACCGUUUCAUGAUGCAAUGCUGCACGGCAUCAUCUGUGAUUCACAGGGACGGAAAAUGUCAAAAUCUCUAGGUAACGUGAUCGAUCCAUUGAAUAUAAUUAGAGGAUCAAGUUUAGAAUCUCUGAAGCAAGAUCUGGAUAUAAGCGCGAAGAACGGGUACUUGAGCGAGGAUGAGGUUUCAGUAUCUAAAUCUAACCUGGAGAAACAGUUCCCUAAGGGUAUUCCCGCUAGCGGGGCUGACCAGCUUAGAUGGGCCUUAUUAAGUUACGAUGUGAAAAGUGAAUAUAUAAACCUAGACCUAAGUUUAGUACCUAGAGCAGGGGCCUGGUGUAACAAAAUAUGGCAAGUUUCUAGGUUCCUAAAUAUGGCACAUCAAACGACGUCUGACGCAGGAACAAAUUUAUCAGCAAUACCUACGGAUUUCCAGCCAAGAUUAAUAGAUAUGUGGAUCCUCAACCAAUUGGCUAGAACAGUAUCAAGUGUGAAUAGCGAAUAUGAAGCGAGAAACCUGCACAAUGUGGAAAAGGAACUUAGAAAAUUCUUAUACGGAGACGUAUGUGAUGUUUAUGUUGAAUACAUAAAACAAAAUAUUCAGAAUCCUGAAGAUCCUGGUUUUCUGCCCAGUCUACUCUUCCUGCACUCUUGUAUCCUCUCCUCUCUCAAGAUGAUCCAUCCCAUCAUGCCGUUCAUAACAGAAGAACUGUAUCAUAGAUUACCAAAGUUACCAAGUGAAAAGCGCAAAGAAUCAAUAAUGGUUGAAAACUUUCCCCUUGGGGUUCAGUGGAGUGGAUUUAUUAAUCCGAACCUAGAAGAUCUCAUGGAAACCGUCCUUAAAAUAAUCUCCGGUAUCAGGGGACUGAAGGCAAACUACUCCUUGAUCAAGGGAUCCAACCCGGCUGUGAUAGUUCAUUGUGAUGACCAGCAUUCAGUAGUUGAGUUAGACCAGUUUAGGGAAAUAAUCCAAAGACUGACGAACUGCGGAGAAAUAAAUUUUGUUGAAAAUAAAAUAGAGAUCAAAGCUCUUCCAGUUGGUUGUGUUCUCACAUCAGUGGAGAACCUCUCCAUCGCCCUUAAUCUCGGCCCCUACCUCGACACGGAGAAGGAGAUGAAGAAGGUCGAGGAGAGGAUCGGGAAGAAUGAGCGGGACAGGAAGAAAUUGGAGAAGUCGAUGAAAGGCAAGUUUCAGUUCCGAUCUUCUCCGGAGAUAGUUGCGGAGAAGAGAAGAGUCCUGGACGAGGAACUGGAGAGGUUACAGGAACAGUUCAAGGUUCUCAAGGAACUUAAAGAGUAAAAUUUUCAGAAAAA